GUGCUAAGACAAGGUCAGCUCAAAGACGUGACCUCCAGCCUGCUGUCACUCACGCAGGAGGGGACGGGACCUUGCAAACUGUCCAAUCAGGGGAGUCGCUGGUAAUGUACGUGAGGGCGGCGCUCUGAUGACAGCGUGGACGGCGUGUUCCUACCUUCUCUCGCCCUCCGCUCGGGAUCCGUUCUCGCUAUUCUCAAAGGCCUCAGGUAGCUCUGCCACAUCCUCUGUCGUUGUGACCUGCACUUGCUGCAGGAGUCAUAGGGUGGAUGACAGGGAGCCCCCGAAGUCGGGAAAUGAACCAAGUGGCCUUUGAGGAUGUGGCAGUAAACUUCACCCUGGAAGAGUGGGCCCUGCUGGAUCCUUCGCAGAAGAAACUCUACAGAGAUGUGAUGCAGGAAACCUUGAGGAACCUGGCCUCAAUAGGAAGAAAGUGGGAAGACCAUAACAUUGAAGAUCAAUACAAAAACCAGGGGAAAAAUCUAAGACAUCAUAUGGUAGAGAGAUUCUGUGAAAGUAAAGAAGGUAGUCAAUGUGGAGAAAACUUCAGCCUUAUUUCAAAUCUUAAUCUGAACAAGAAAACUUCUACUAAAGUAAAACCAUGGGAGUGCAGUGUGUGUGCAAAAGUCUUCAUGAGUCGUUCAUCCCUUACUAGGCACACGAGAUCUCACACUGGGCCCAAACCAUACAAGUAUCAGGAAUAUGGAAAGAAACCUUACAAAUGUAAGAUGUGCGGGAAAGCCUUCAGUUAUCUUCAGCCUUUUCAAAAACAUGAAAGAAAUCACAGCGUAGAGAAAUCAUAUAAAUGUAAGGAAUGUGGAAAAUCCUUUAGGUAUCGCCAAUCUGUUCGCAAACAUGAACGGACUCACACUGGAGAGAAACCCUAUCAAUGUAAACAAUGUGGGAAAGCCUUUAGAUAUCAUCAAACCUUCCAAACACAUGAAAGAACUCACACAGGAGAGAAACCCUAUGAAUGUAAGCAGUGUGGUAAAGCCCUCAGUUGUCCUAGUUCCUAUAGAAGUCAUGAAAGAACUCAUACUGGAGAAAAACCCUAUGAAUGUAAAAAGUGUAGUAAAGCCUUCAGUUGUCCCAGUUCUCUUCGAAAACAUGAAAGAACUCAUACUGGAGAGAAACCCUAUGACUGUAAGGAAUGUGGGAAAGCCUUUAUUUCUCUUGGAAGCUUUCAAAGACACAUGAUAACACAUACUGGGGAUGGACCUUAUAAAUGUAAGGACUGUGGGAAAGCAUUCAACUGUCCUAGUUCAUAUCGAAUACAUGAAAGAUCUCACACUGGAGAAAAGCCCUAUGAAUGUAAACAAUGUGGUAGAGCCUUCAGUUGUUCCAGUUCCUUUCGAACACAUGAAAGAACUCACACUGGAGAGAAACCCUAUCAAUGUAAAGAAUGUGGAAAAGCUUUCCAUUGGCUCACAACUUUUCAAGUCCAUGUGAGAACUCACACUGGAGAGAAACCCUACAUCUGUAAGCUAUGUGGUAAAGCUCUCAGUUGUCCCACUUCCUUUCGAAGACAUGAAAGGACUCACAGUACAGAGAAACCUUAUGAAUGUAAACAGUGUAGGAAAACCUUCAGUUCUGCUCUAGGUUUGCAAAUACAUGAAAGAACUCACACUGGAGAAAAACCCUAUAAAUGUGAGGAAUGUGGGAAAGCUUUUGUAUCUCUCACAAGCUUUCGAAGACACAUGAUGACGCACACUGGAGAUGGACCUUAUAAAUGUAAGGAAUGUGGGAAAGCAUUUAACUGUCCGAGUUCAUUUCGAAUACAUGAAAGAACUCACACUGGAGAGAAACCCUAUGAAUGUAAAAUAUGUGGUAAAGCCUUCAGUUGUUCCAGUUAUGUUCAAGUACAUGAAAGAACUCACACUGGAGAGAAACCUUAUGAAUGUAAGGAAUGUGGGAAAGCCUUCAUUUAUCGCACAACCUUUCGAGGUCACAUGAGGGUGCACACUGGAGAGAAACCAUAUAAAUGUGAAGAAUGUGGAAAAGCCUUUAGUCGACCCAGUUCAUUUAGAAGCCAUGAAAGAAUUCACACUGGAGAGAAACUUCUUCAGUGUAAGCAUUGUGGGAAAGCCUUCAAUUGGCCCACAUCCUUACAUAAACAUGUCAUGAGAAUGCACACUGGGUAAAUUAUAACUGAUAAAUACACUCAAAAUUAUGAGAAAACUUUAUUAAAUACACUCAAAAUUAUGAGAAAACUCCACUGGAGAGAAAUGGCUAUAAGUGUAAGUAAUACAGGAAGGCCUAAUGCAAAUUAAUUCACAUAUAAUACUCCAGAAAAUUCCUGACAUGAAGGAAAUGUUUUUAAAAGCUAAAAAUACAUUGUCUUUAUCAGCAGCUCAUUCUGAAACUCAGUCUCUGGACUAUGGAUUCUACUUGUUACUUCUGCAAAUGAGCAAUGAGUUGAGACAAUUCUGUAAGUAUACUUUAAGCAACAGUACAUAAGCUUUAAGUAGGUCGUGUUUUUUCUUAAAUCAGCUUAUAAAAUUUUUGUCUUUCCAUUUUGAAGUCUGUUGGAUCAAUGGGUGAGUUGAAAUAUAAUUGUACUACAUACUAGUAGGGUUAAUUUUUAUACAAAUUUUUAAUUGUUCUUUAAGUUAAAGGGGAUAAUGACACUUUGGUAUUUGUUAGGGUUUUCCUAUUGUCUUAUGUGGCAAGUACUAGAUAUUCCUUACCCAUGAUAAACAGUCCUCUUAGGAGAAAAACUUUGUUUUUCUUUCAUCAGAAGAGCCUUACUAAUUUUCCUUACUAAAGGAUAGUUGGCCUGAAUUUAUAAAUAUGCAAAGUUUAUCACUAGUUUGCAUAUAGUCUCACUUGAAUUACUAUUUACAUCUUUUCCCUUUACUCUGUCAUUCCCUCUGAUUUAGAAAAUAGACUUCACAGUAAGAAGAGCUACCUGUUUGAUAUCAGCCUCAAAUUUACAAAACAACCUUAAAAUGUUUACAAGUACAAUUAUUUUAGAUUUAAACUCACAGCUACAAUAUCUUUGCACCAAAGCUACAUUUUUUUCCCCCAUCAAUCCAAUAAAUCCUCCUAUGGUACUCUGAUGUCACCAUUUAAGGUAUCUUUUACCCAUAAAACAAUUAGAAUAAUUGUAUGAUAUCACUAAAGUCAGCCAGUGGUAUGACCAUCCCUCUAUUCAUAUUGAGGACCUACUAUGUGCCUGAGCUGGACACUAGAAAUACAACAGUGAAUAUAACUAAAGUGGUCAAUGCUUAUACAGUGUUUCAACUCUGCGAGGUUAAAGUUACAUUUCUAGCUACUUACCUAGGUGUUUUUAACACUUAAACUCUGAUUCAUUUUUUGUAAUAACAUUAUCUUAGAUAGACCAAUAAGCUUUUAUAUUUGCCAAAAAAGAGAGAGAGAAGAGACCUGUGACAGGACAAUAAAAUUGGAGAUGACUCCCCUGAAAUAUAUGUUAUGUCAACAUGGGUAAUGUUGUGACCUACAUUUUCUAGAACAUUUUCUGUUCUUUAUGUGGUUCCAUGUUAAAAUUCAAUAACCUCAUCUGAAUGAGAUUCGGAAAGCCUCAGUUUUUGAACCACAGAGCACAGAGAGACAGAUGCAUAGAUGUUUUAUAUAUACCUGCUUCCAAACCAUUUUCCUGGCUCGUUGUCCCGCCAGUCAAGCGGUCCUCAAUACUACCACCAACUACAUGACUACAUGACUUUCUCAAAGCUGUAGGUUCCCACGGAUGCCUCCACAAUACCCACAGCAAAGGUCACUUUGGAUUUCCCUACAAGCCCUCAUGUGUCCACCAAACAACAAAUUCAGACUGUCAUGUUUGAGAAUGUUCUCUGAAACGCUGACUCCCCUCUUCUCUAGACUGUAUUUGUAUAAGGUCUGAUUUGUAUAGUAAAUGCCUUGUUCUGUUAAUAUUUGCUAGUAACUAUGUGUUCCUGGUUGCACCAAAACGGCUACAAUGGUGCAGUCAGAAAGAACCUUGUGGGAGUCGGUUCCUCUGCUGCAUGUGCAGUGACUGCUCUGACACAGUCCUUCCAUGUGAGAAGUCGCACCUUCCUCAUAUUAGGUAUAUUGUGGAUAUAUCCAAUUACAGCUAAACAUAAGUCCUCAGGACAUUUUCAGUUAUGUUUGUAUGUGAUUUAAAGUGUUCAUUUUUUUGUCAAACAAAUGCUUCUAUAGAUGUUUCUUAGAAAUGUUUUAUUAACUCUUUCAGAGAGCUUGUGUACUGACAAAUAUUUUUUCCACUUCCUGACAGGAUAUAUUAAAUAAAACAUCCCAUUGCAAGUGCAGAUUUUUAUAUCAAUUUUGUGAUUUUUAUCAAGUUAAUCAUACAUUUUGAAGUUAACUUUUUUUUCUUAGUAUGUCUUUAUUGAUUUCAGAGAGAAGGAGAG